UCCCUUUACUCUUCAGCCCCACUGCUGUUCUGCAGCCCAGAACUCCAUCAUGUCCUUCAGCGCUGACCAGAUUGCCGAAUUCAAGGAGGCAUUUCUCCUGUUCGACAGAACAGGUGAAUGCAAGAUCACCUUAAGUCAGGUGGGUGAUGUCCUCCGGGCCCUGGGCACAAAUCCCACAAAUGCAGAGGUCAAGAAGGUUCUCGGGAACCCCAGCAAUGAAGAGAUGAACGCUAAGAAAAUCGAGUUUGAACAAUUUCUGCCCAUGAUGCAAGCAAUCUCCAACAACAAGGACCAGGGAAGCUAUGAAGACUUUGUUGAAGGUCUGCGUGUCUUCGACAAGGAGGGCAACGGCACCGUUAUGGGUGCUGAACUCCGCCAUGUCCUUGCCACUCUGGGUGAAAAGAUGAAGGAGGAAGAGGUAGAGGCGCUGCUGGCAGGCCAGGAAGACUCCAACGGCUGCAUCAACUAUGAAGAACACAGUGUUUGGGAAGACUGGCCAGAACGUCAGUUCCAGAACACCUAUGGCUAACUGUCCACACCUACUUACCAUCACCCAGAUGAUCCAUCUAGACCGUUCCAGAUUGAAGAUAUCCUGCAUUUUUAUAAGCCUAGAGUUUUCAGGCAUCUACCAUUCUAGGAAGACAGAUAAAAUAUUGAUAAUCUCAAGUCCAAACACCACUUUUAUC